AUGCGUGAAGCGGGGCAGGAUGGCGCCGCCUCGCAGAAACGAAAGCGAGAGGAUGGGUUGAAGUGGUGCAGUCCCGGCCAGGAUUCGCUUGGACUGAAUGACCAGCUCUCCACGCACGAACUCGAGCGGUACGCGCGCCACAUGUCGCUCCCAGGCUUCGGCAUCGAGGGGCAGGCGAAGCUUAAGAACGCUAGCGUGCUCAUCGUCGGCGUCGGCGGUCUGGGAUCUCCCGCCGCUCUGUACCUCGCCGCUGCGGGCGUCGGUUCCAUCACCCUCUGCGACGGCGACACCGUGGAGGUGACCAAUCUACAACGACAAAUAAUACACGCGGAGAACAGGGUCGGAGUUGCCAAGGCCCAGUCCGGCUUUUGGUCGUGUAAGGCGCUCAACCCUUGCGUUAACGUCAAGGUUGAGCUCAGGGGUUUUACCAAGGACAACGCUUUUGACCUCUUGUCAAAUCAAACAGUCGUCCUCGACUGCACCGAUAACGUACCGACGCGGUACAUGCUCUCGGAUGCGUGCGCGGCAUUGGCCAUACCGUUAGUUUCCGCGGCGGCCGUGGGUCUCGAGGGACAGCUCACCGUCUAUAAUUUACAUCCAGACACGCCGUGCUAUCGAUGCGUGUGGCCCAAGCCUCCCGCGGCUGGUGACUGCACCAACUGCGCUAGAGGCGGGGUGUUGGGGCCCGUGCCCGGUGUCAUGGGUAUCCUUCAGGCGCUAGAGGCGGUCAAGGUCAUCGCCGGUCUCGGAGAAACGUAUGCCGGCAGGAUGUUAAUCUUUGACGCUUGUUCCGCCGCGAGGCCGUUCACGGUGAUGAAACUUCGCGAGAGGGACACAGACAAGUGCACGGCGUGCAAACCUUUUGGGUCCGCCUAUUCGGAUGUGACACAAUUCAAUUACGAGAAGUUCACUGCGGGGACGUGCGCGGUGGCACCAAAGUCAAAACUGCAAGACGAUCAGUUAUAUCGCAUGGACACGCACACAUUCUCCACGUAUCAAAAGAAAACAGUCAUUGACGUCCGGCCGAGGCAUCUAUCGCAGACUGCCAUGCUUGAGGGGGCGCUGCAGAUUCCUCUGUCAGAGAUGGAGGAACGCUUUGCAGAGAUUAAAGGUCACACGAAGAAGAAUGACGAAGAGUGGGUCAUCGUUUGCGUGUGUUCAAGGGGAAACGAUUCACAACUCGCCGCGUCGUGGCUGCGAUCGAAAGGAUUGAAUACUACUGAUCUCAUCGGUGGAAUGGAAAAGUGGAAGAAGGAUUGCGAUCCCACGUUCCCAAGGCUGGUUUGAUGUUAGUCUAUAGAGAGGACGUAACUUCUUAGUUAGUUAGAGGACAUAGGCUGGUUUGAUGAAUAUCGCAAUCUCUACCACAGUCAC